CACAGUGACGCGCUGCUCCUGCCUCUGUCUGUCGCAGUUGCCCCAGAGCGCCCCACGCUGUCGUGCAGCAGGAAGACGCCCCUGAGUAAGAUCCGCUGCAGCUGGACGGCCACACGGCCCUCAAUCCCUAUUGCCCAUUGCAGACUCAUCUACAAGAAGGGGCCCGUGGGGGAGUACAUGUUCCAGGCCUGCUCGUCGUCCAGCAGUCGCCGCUGCUGGUGUGUGCUGGACGUGGAGGAGGAGGGCAGUCUCUACUACCUGGCCUCCCUGUGUGCCUUUAACCCCGCCGGCGCCCAGACCAGCCCACUCCUGAGGUUCAGCAGCGUGGAGAUCAUUAAGCCAGAUCCCCCCAGGAACGUGUCCGUGUGGGAAGAGGAGGGAAGCUCGUGCCGGCUCAGAGUGCGCUGGGCCUACCCCAGCACCUGGAAAAACCAUUUCUACAAACUCAAGUUCGAGGUGCAAUACCAGCCUGUCCUGGAGGGGGAGCAGUUUUCUGUGGGCACCGUGAUGGCCAUCCUGGGAGGGGGAGACACUCAGCACACCUUGCCGGCCCUCGCCGUGACCCCGUCGUGGCUGAGGGCCGGGGCCUGCCUGCAGGACGUGCAGUACCACCUCAGCUGCACGGACCCUGGGGUAAGGCUGUCCUCCUCUCCGCGCCUCCCGGUGCUGUGCAUGCUGGGCUGCGGCUUUCCUCCCCGCAUUCUCCCAUAG